AUGAAUUGGCAUUUGGUCUCUGACACUUUUGAGCGCCAUUCACUAAAGAUUUUUGAUUUCCAGGGAGAUUUGAGCAAUCUGACAAGUGAUUUAGUGUACAAGUGUUCGUUUGAGUGGAAGGAUCCAUGCCAACGCCGAUCAUCGUUGCAGUUCGCGAUAGUUCACGUCAUCUCCACUCCGCCGCUUCGAUCCAGUCGCUUACGUCAGUGCACCGAGUUUCAUGUCCUUUUAAAAUGGAUGAAGGAUAAAGACACUACCGUGGGCUCUCUCAAGUGUAAUUAUAUCGAGACAGUGACUGCAGAAACUACCAAGCCUGAAAUGGUGGGAUUAGAGCACUGCAAGAACGAUAGUGCCUGCGUCACACAAGUACAGGAUGAGUCCCCAGUCGCGAAACCGCCUGUUCCUACAAUCAGAACACACGAAUGGGUUUCAGUCGCUGGGGCACUGGAUUUUGCUGCUGUCGUAGCGAAGUGUGCAACCAGCUUCCUCCUGAAUGGCUCGCACUGUCACGAUGGCGCUUUCGAUGGAGAGAGAAAAGGAAAGUGCAGCAACGUAAAGAAGACAAAGUGCAGUCUGUUCGAUGAACAGCGGUUGUAUACCAUCAAAAUGGGUAUUCUCUUCCACUUAUUCUAA